GGUCUGAUCCCUGCUGUGUGUGUUUUUAGGGAUCAUGGCCGGGCCCGUGCCCAGCCGGGCCAGGGUCUACGCGGAUGUGAACACACAGAGGCCUCGGGAAUAUUGGGAUUACGAGUCACACGUCGUGGAAUGGGGGAAUCAGGAUGAUUUCCAGCUGGUGCGGAAGCUGGGCCGGGGCAAGUACAGCGAGGUCUUCGAGGCCAUCAACAUCACCAACAACGACAAGGUCGUUGUCAAGAUCCUCAAGCCCGUGAAGAAGAAGAAGAUCAAGCGGGAGAUCAAAAUCCUGGAAAAUCUCCGGGGGGGCCCCAACAUCAUCAACCUCCUGGACAUCGUCAAGGAUCCCGUGUCUCGCACGCCCGCCCUGGUGUUCGAGCACGUCAACAACACCGACUUCAAGCAACUCUACCAGACCCUCUCCGACUUCGACAUCCGCUUCUACAUGUACGAGAUCCUCAAGGUGAGAUCUGGGAACAUUCCAGGAAAACCCUCUGGGAACCCCACAUUCCCGGGAAA